UUUAUGGCAGGUUGUUGUUGUGAAAACUACAUGGAAUCUUGUGUUGAAAACUACAAUUGUAAACCUCCUUUUUUGUUAGAGAGGUUAGUCCAGAAGUCUUCCCCCGAACUCCAAACUCAGGACUUAAAGAAAUGUCUGAACAUUUUCGAUUUGACAGUGCAGGGAUUGGCUCAUAUUGUGGGUGCAGGAAUAUUCAUUUUGACACCAGGAGUUAUAAGGAUGGUUGCUGGUCCAGGAUUGGUAGUCUCUUAUCUCUUAGCUGCAGCAGUUCUAAUAUUUACUGUUCUAGCUUACAUGGAUUUGGGAGCUAGAUACAGAGGUAUUGGGAACGCGUAUGUGUACGUGUACUCUGCUUUGGGAGAAUUUGCUGCAGGACUCGUAGGAACGUUCAUUAUGACAGAAAUGGCAUUGGCCGUAGCCGUGGUGGCCGUGGGAUUUGGACAGAAUAUCGACAAGUUUAUCUUGGGGGGUAACGCCCAUAAAAUUCAAGUAGAGUAUGCUAGUACUUUUCUUCCGGAUUACUUAACCGAAAAUGUCAACUUGUUGACUAUUGGUUUAAUCUUAUUUUGUUGUAUCGUCAACUGUAUCGGAGUCAAACAGGUCGCUAUCGUGAAUACCCUCACAGUGGUAUUUAGUUUCAUCUCUCUGGCCAUGUACUGCAUCAUUUCAUUUAUGUACGGCAGUAGCAAGACAUUCACCAACUCCACUGACCCUGAAACAGGAAGAGGAGGGGUGUUUCCUUAUGGAUUUUCAGGAGUUGUAACUGGAGCGGCUGUUGUGAUUAUGUCCUUCGCAGGUUUCGAAUCGGUGGUCAGCCUUUCAGCGGAAGCCAAGAAUUCUAAAAGAGACGUCCCUCUUGCAACAGGUUUAAGCUUCGGAAUUUCUGUUCUAGUUUAUCUAUUAGUAAGUGCUGCUAUCUCCUACCUGGUACCUUGGUAUACCCUUAACGAAAGUACGGGGAUUCCUGGUUCCUUACAGGCACAUGGGCUCACAAUCCCUAAGUACAUUAUCGCAGCAGCGAUCCUUUUUGCUUCUGGAAGUGUAGCUUUGUGCUCUCUUACCACACUGGCUCGAGGGCUCAUGGUGCUAUCUGAGGAUGGAUUGAUUUUCAGUUGUAUUGGUUUGGUGGCCGAGUCCUCAAAAGUACCUAUUAUUGCAACAGUCUUCGCUACAAUUGUGAUAAUUUUCUUUACGAUAGUGUUCUCCUACGAGAUUCUGAUUCAUCUGGUCGCAGGAGGAGCAUUGGUUACUUUUGUAGCAGUCUGCUUCACUCUCAUAAUUAUUUCUUACUCUAAACAAAAAGAAGUUGUUGAUGAAUCCUCGGGACUUAUUCAAAACGAAGUUAUGAUGAAUGAAGAUCAGCUUUUUACAUCUUGGGAUCAGCAGGACAGUGAGGAUUCUGGGUACAUUGAAAAUCAAGAGUGGAAAGUGAUCAGUUGGGUGAGUAUUUUCACAGUUAGUUCGACAAUUUGCAUCGCGUUUAUUUACUGGCCAAGCUCAUGGCCCUUCUGGAAAUUUCGUUUCCCAAUAAUGAUAUUACUUGGGUUGAUAAACACUCUAAUACUGAUCCACAUUAAGAUGACCUACCACAUCCAGCCUCAGAAGAAUCCUGGUUUUGUGUGUCCUGGAAUACCGUUUAUUCCAGCAAUUGGUAUAUUUCUCAAUCUGGCUUUGUUCAGUUCCCUUAAUGUAAUGGCACAUCUGAUGACUGUUGCUUACUUUGCUGUUGGGGUCUUGAUGUAUUUUGGGUAUGGGUAUUUUCACUCUACUAUAACAUUGAAGAAACAAAAAGAACAGGAACUGAUUCCCAGUGAUGAGACUGAGGAGUGAAUAAGAUCAUUUGAUUCUGUUAAACCCAUUUUCUGUACUUGAGAGAUACUUCCUAUUCUGUAAAGAUAAAAUGAUGAAGUAGGUUUCUGUAGUUAAUUUCUUUGUAGCUUCUCUAUAGUUUAUAAUUUCUCUGAUAAUUUCCUCGAGCAGUUAAGUUGCGUAUAUUUUAACUACGUACGUUAUUUUUGCGUCUAUUUUAACUGCGUACGUCGCGUAUAUUUUAACUACGUACGUUACUACGGCAGUAAAUUCCAAAAUAUGGGUCAAUGCUAUUGAUUGAGUUUUUGAUAUUAUUGAACUGUAGCUCAGAAAUUAUUUCUAUUCUGAAAAAAGAAGGUUGACAAUUAUUUGUCUGUCAUGAAUCGUAUUUCUGAAAAUUUAGUUGUGUUAAUUUUAAAUUGUAUUUGUUAACUUUUAACUUUUAUUUGUUAAGUAAUAAAUUCAAAGUCCUUUUUACAAAAUUUGUCAAUAAUUUGAAAAAUUGUUUGAAUGUUUCUCAUCUCGAAAUGGUUAUAAUCUCU